AUGAUCUUCACUUCAUCGCAGCCUCUGCUCGUCGUAGUGGCCCUCGCUUUCGCAGCUUUGGCUACGACUGCAGACGCCGCCACGUUGCGAGGCACUGUCCAGACAAAUCACAUCGUGCGCGAGUUCUCUCUCGUAGGCCCCGAUGCCAAAGUCGUUGCCUACUCUCUCAAUGACACCAGCGCCCCUCGCUACGAGGCCAGAAUCAAGAGGGACGGCUCAUGGCAGCUCGAUCUACCUGACCCGGCGCCAUACGUUGAGCCCGCAGUGGUGCCAGCGGAAAAAGAAGAGGGAGCUGGGGAGCCAGUUGCAAGUGGUCCUCCCAAGUCGGAUGUCUACCUUCUCAAGUACAAGCUGAGAGGCCUACGCAUGGACCAGUACAGACUAGAUGUCAGACCUUCAAAGAAGCCUGGCCAGCCACCUCUGUUGUUUGCUAGGAAAUAUGAUCCAACAUAUCCUAUCUCGUCGGCUCUCUACCUGUCCGAUGUUGCUCAAUUGCCCUUGUUGGACUACCCUCUGGGUACCCACAGCUACUUCCAGUCGGUACAAGACUUCAAUGCGCUCAACUACCUCUGGAUGACCAUCAAAUCGCCCAUGAUCCUCAUGGCUCUGGGAGCAUUUGUCUUGGUCUCUCUGCUGCCGAAGAUGAUGGCUACACUCGACCCUGAGGAUGCAGCUGAGAUGAAGGAGAGUCAAAAAGCUAUGGCGGACCGCAUGGCAGCGCUCCAAUCCGGCGAUUGGAAGGCUGCCCUGGACAGUGGAGCGCCUGUUGCGGUACCUGCUGGCAAGAGCGGUGGUCCAGGCGCAACUGGUGCUCAAGCUGGCGGCGGAAGCAAGGCAAGGAAGAGGAACUGAAGAGUCUGGGAAUUGGUAGAGGCAGUAGAGGACAGUAGACGGCACGCUCCCAAACACUGGUUGUGAAUAGAGUCAGCACUGCAAGCAUACUUCCACAUUUUACUUCGGGCGUGGGGCGAGGGACAAUCGUCUGUGUAUUAUACAGGUGAUGUGACAGAGAAAAAACACU